AUGGUGAUGGGAAGAUACAAUUCCACAUACGGAGGGGGCUUCAUUUUGGUGGGGUUCUCAGAUCAGCCAUGGCUAGAGAGGAUCUUAUUUGUGCUCAUCUUGAUAUUUUACCUUCUUUCACUCAUGGGCAAUGGAACCAUUAUUCUUGUCUCCUGCCUGGACCCCCAACUCCACACCCCCAUGUAUUUCUUUCUCACUCAUCUCUCUUUUGUUGAUCUCAUUCACGUGACCUGCGUCAGCCCUCAGACAUUGCUAAAUCUUGGGGGACAAGACAAAUCUAUAAGUUUUGUUGGGUGUCUGGUCCAGCUUCUCAUCACCCUGGGUCUCGGAAGCACUGAGUGUGUUCUUCUGGCCAUGAUGGCCUAUGAUCGCUAUGUUGCUGUCUGCCAGCCCUUGCAUUAUUUCACCCUCAUGCCUCCACAGCUCUGCUGGAAACUGGCCAGCAUAUCCUGGUUUCUUGGCUUCAGCAACUCAUUGAUCCACACCCCUAUCACAAUGACCCUUCCCAGAUGUGGGCACCACCAGAUAAACCAUUUCUAUUGUGAGACACCCCCAAUGAUGCAGCUGGCCUGUGUGGACACCACAAAUUACAAGAAGGAGUUUAUGAUGGUAAGUAGCAUCUUCCUUGUUUUUCCUCUCUCACUGAUCUUGGUCUCUUAUGGGCAUAUUGCCCACAGUGUGUUGAGAAUAAAGACACCUGGUGGGAGACAGAAGGCCCUUGGGACCUGUGGUUCUCAUCUCACGGUGGUGUCCAUUUUCUACAGUACUAUCAUCUAUGUGUACUUGACUCCCAAACCAAAGCUCUCUCAUGAUGUGACAAAGUUUGUGGCACUGCUAUAUAAUUUGACUCCAGCUUUCAUGAACCCCAUAAUCUACACCUUGAGAAACAGAGAUGUCAAGGAAGCAAUCAGGAAGCUGGUGAUGCAGAAACCAAAAAGAGGAGAUAUAGGUUUUUCCUAG